CCGAAUUGACAGCUUUAAGAAGUAAGAACUACAAAUGAGAAUUGAAAUGGGCAUGGCAGCACAACUAAUAAUAGGAUAACAAAUACUAUUUGCUGCGAUCAAACUCGCCGGCGUCGGAAAAUGAACCCGGAGCCCCCGCCAUUCCAGGAAUCUAGCCGAUGCGACGUCUGCAAAUGCAGCUUCAACACUUUUCGUCGCCGGCAUCAUUGCCGGUGUUGUGGGAGGACCCUAUGUAGUGAGCAUUCAUCCAGUCAAAUGCCUUUGCCACAAUUUGGCAUAUACACCAAUGUCAGAGUUUGUUCUGAUUGUUUUAACAACUUCUCAAAAUCCACGGGUGACAAUUUAGGGCCUUCUGCAGAAAGAAUCAAUUCUGUCUCAGAAGCUGUUUCAAGAUUAGACAUGAAUGGGGAUUCGGAACAUAGAUCUGAAUCAUCUUCUCUGCAGCCACAUGUAUCAACUGUUCCAGAAUGCAAAUGUGGUAUGCCUUUGUGCAUUUGUGAGGUUUCACUUCCACCCGCUUUGGCAGCUCCUCUGCAGACUGUAGCUUCUUCAUCAACUUCGAGUGCGAAAACAAAGAAAACAGAUGGCGUUCCAAGACAAAGACGUCCUACUCAAGAUAGCAGUCAAGGUGUUGGCCCAUCAGCUAGUUGUUUAGAUAAACCUCUGGCAGAUUACGAAGAGAAUGGGGAGGGCUUAAGAGAAGCAAUUAAGAAUGGUGAUCGAGCAGGAGUCAAGGAUCUUCUGGAUAAGGGCGUGGACUCAAAUUACUGUGACAAGCAAGGAUUGUCAGUGCUGCACCUGGCUGCCGUCUUCAAUCAAACAGAUAUAGUUUUUACCCUCAUGGAUCAUGGCGCAAGAUUGGACUGCAAGAAUUCCCAGGGGGAGACACCAUUAGAUUGUGCCCCAGCCACUUUGCAGUACAAAAUGAAGAAAAAGAUUGAGGAAGGAUUGGCUUAACCGUUGAAAUUCAUUUUCUCAGUUGCUGACACUUGCUGUAUUGUAAUUUUGCCUACCAACUGUUCUUAUGCUUUUGGUGCUGUAUUUGUAACCUAAUUGUUUAUCAUGUAGACAUGUACUAGUGAAGAGAUUCAAUGUUGGGUGAAGUUUUGUACUCUCAAACACAAUUAGAAUAAUGCCUUUUAUUCCAGAUAGAGGGAGUACAGUACAAAGUUUAUUUAGAACGGACAUGUGAAUUUUUUCUACUCAA